AUGACUUCAUUAGUAUGUUUAUCCGAACAACGUUUUCGUGAUAAUUUAACAACACCACAACCACCUGAACCACUCUUUGGUGAAGAUAAGAAUGGAUCAACAAGCGCUGAAACAUUAAUUACUCCUAUUAUUAAUAUUCUCAUUGAACAAACUUCACCAUCACCUGAAUUGGUUGAAAAAGUACGAGAUUUAUAUAAUAAACGUUUAUGUGAUGUUCGUUUUCUUAUACCGAUACUUACCGGUUUGGAAAAGAGAAAAAUUCUUAGUGCAUUGCCGAAAUUGAUUAAACUUUCACCACCUGUGGUUAAACAAGUUUUUAAUCGACUUUUGCCUAAACAUUAUCUGUUAAAUGAACGUACAAUUUAUACUGAUGAUGUUUUUACUCUCGUUAUUCAACAACUUGUUCAUAUUAAUCCAAUACCCGUUUUGUUUAUGCGGACGGUUUUACAAGCACUUAGUUUCUAUCCAAAAAUGGUUCGUUUUCUUAUGGAUAUUUUACAAAGACUUAUUAGAAAAUAA